AUGGAAAUAGAUUUAGGACAGGACUUGAAUUCAUAUUGUAUAUUUCUAGAAAUCAACGAGUGUGCUGAACCGGGCGCAUGUCCUGAGAACGCAAUUUGCACUGACCUAUUGGGAAGAUGUGAAUACACAUGUAAGGACGGCUUUGAAGGACUAACAUGUUCUGGUAAGCAAUAUGUAAUGUUUCAAAAUUGAGUUAGUGUGUGACAGAUUUCUUUAUUUUGGUGGUUCGCCUAAUAGUUUAUCGAGAUAUGGUGUAGGAACUCGGCAACUUGAAACUGUCUAUAAUGAGCAACAGACUUAUGUUGAAUUUUGCUAUUUAACACUAUAGAAGGUAAAAUAUAAAAUUCACACGAUUCGAUCAACUUUUCUUCACUGUAUCUAUUGAAUGGAUAGUCGUAUUUUGAAAUUGAUUUCAGUUUUAAUAUCAAUUCCCACAGUGUGCUGUUCUUAUUAAAUAUAUUAGACUAUAUCAUUGGUUUAAAAGUAUUUACGUUUUUGGCUUCAAUUUAGUGACAUAAUUUUCCAGCCAGAAACGUAACAGAUUUCAACAACAAAAAACAAGUGAUUUGUAGUUUAAUAGAAAAAAAAAAAAAAAAUUUCGUACAAGCAUGAAAUGAAAAUUUCGUACAAGCAUCAUGAAAAUUAAAUACGUUACAAUAGCAAUGGCGCUUUAGCAUGCAAUUUUGGUAGGCGCAAAGUAUUUUGAUUUAGUGGAUUUUUUAGCCAGACACAAUAUACUUUAUAUUAGGCUAAUGUGAUAAUUCAUAAUUAUAUAUAGCAAUAAUUCACAGGUAUAACUACUUAUCAGAAUAUGGAUUUAACUCCAAAUUUUUUAUAUUUGAAAAACUAUAUAAUGGAAAAUGGAAGCAGUUUACCUAAAAUUUGGACAACGAAAUGUUCUCUAUUUUAGAUAUUACGAAAUUUACGUAAGACUGGCGAUGGUGUUUUUCUAACUAUUUAUAUAUACGAGAUGGUCUGUAAUGUAUUUAAUUUAAAUAGAAUAUCCAUUUAUUCAGUCAUGUUUUAGUUUUUAGAACCUGCGACGAUCAUUUUGUUUCAGACUUCAACGAGUGCCGAUAACUUAAAACUAGACAAUAAAACGCAAAUCCCAGCGAGAUUAUGAAAAUUUCUCAUUUUACCUUGUCACGUUAAAUCCAACCAAAAAAUUAAAAAUCCUUGACCCCCUUAAGCUUUAUUUAAGACCUUAUAUUUUCUGUUCAAAUGUGUGUUUUUGCCGGAAUUAGUAACCAAUUGCGCAUUCUGAAUGGCUUAGAGCGAAAAUGUCAACAAAUGCAUUGAUAGGUCGAGAACGAAAUUCCUCCUUGUUGUCAACAACUCCAUAGUGAAAAUAGAAAAAAUAUCUUUAACGGUAAAAAAAUCAUUAUAGAUUUCUAUUUAUGUUACUUACGAAUAUUUCCUCGUUUAGAUAUUGACGAAUGCGCUUUGGGAAGCGACAAUUGUCAUGAUAAUGCGAAUUGUACAAAUACAAAUAGUUCCUACACGUGUCAAUGUAAGGAAGGUUUCACUGGAAAUGGCGUAGAUUGUGAAGGUAGGAGAGAAAAACUGAUUUUCUUUUUCAAUAUCCAUUCUGAAGAUGUACGAAAUAUGUACAUCUUUAAAACGUUGUAUAGAACUUCAGAUAAAUCAUUUGGUUGCAGGGCCUUUAUCUUUAUCAGAUUUUUUCCUCUCCCUUUUCAAGUUUCAAACGGACUAUAUUUUAAUUUAAUUUAACUAUCUUUGAUUUAGCGGAAACAUUAUUUUUAAGCACAGGUAUAUUAGCACGUCGUUUGCCGGUCAUCGGGUCACGACAAAGCCUUUCUCAUAUAAAUGAGUUUUAAUGUGCAAUGUGAUUAUAUAUGCAUAUGAUUAUCCACUUCAUGCCGACACUCCUGGAAAGAAUAAUUUUCAUUCUAGGAAGUGCUGCUCAGAGAAAAUAAUAUGAAUGGUGAUACAAUAUGGCCAGUUUCCCGAGUUGAAAUCAAUUUUCUUCAAAUACUGAAAACCUGUAGAAACUAUUUUCACACGUGCAGGGCAAUCAGAUAAAUUUCGAUUGCCACCCCCUAAAAUACCCAACACGUUAUUUUGUUCACUGUGCAUGUAUCUUAGCAGCUUAGAAUCUGUUACCAAAAGUUCCGAUAUUUUACUGUUCUUUGAAAACGUUCAUCGACAUUCUCCCCAUUUUCUGUUGUUUUUCUAACUGCAUGCCUGGGUCAGAGUUGUGGUAUAACUCUCAUGCUGUUUUCACAUUUGAGAAUUUAAAGUGGGUCAUAAAUAUGUAGUAAUAGAUUAAAUGUGCUUGAUAUUCCAUGGAGUGGCUAACGAAGUUAAAAUGGCCGAAAAGGGUGAAGAAUAUCCAAGAAAUUGAUUACACGGUUUUUAUAUUUUUGAUUACGAAGCCCCCCUCUCGGAAAAUCCGGCGAUAGACGACUAUUGAUAUUGCCUCUCAUGAUUUAUGAAAUAUAUCUUAUUUUAAUUUUAGAUAUUGACGAAUGCGCUGCUGGAUCUCAUAAUUGCGAUGCUGAUGCGAACUGUAUUAAUACAACUGCCUCUUUUACCUGUGUGUGUCGUGAAGGUUUCAGCGGAGAUGGCGUAAAUUGCCAAAGUAUGAGAAAUAUCUUUUUUUAACUAUAUGAAAUGGAAUUUUAGUGCAUCGCAGUAGAGCGGUUUUAAUCAGUCUAACAUUUUCAGUAUUUCUUUAUUACAUCCAUAAAGGAUUAUUGACUGGUUGACUGGAGAAGUAGGAUUGUUUCCUUGGUUUGAUUAAUUUAUAAUGCACGUAUAUGUUGUUAUAUCCAACAUGCAAACUACUUCUUGCUUUAAAUUGCAAAUCGAAAUCACUUUAUAGCAAUUUGUAAUAUAAGUGGGAUAUAACAGACAAUUUGAUUUGUUAAUACGCGUGCAUUGUGACGUAUUGAUGCCCUGUUCCGUGUCACUCAGUGCCUUGCUCUUUCUGUGUUUCCCCCCGCUUUAUCUCUGCUUUUUAGCCAAAAAUAUAAACAAACCUAUCGAGCUUUUGAAAUACAAAAUUUAUCAGAAAGCAGGAAGGAAAUACCAAAGGAACAAAGCAAUUUUAUCUACAUAUAGUUCUAUGUGUAAAAACAGUAAAACCGACCCGCUUGGUAUUCGUCAAUUUUUCUCUCAACAACUUUUGGGCAAUUAAAAGCGUGCAAAGUAGCUUAGAAAAAAAACUUGAAAAAGACACAAGAAUACAAAAAAUAUAGAAAAAAGCAAUUAACAAGAACUGAACAUUGUGAUCUGAAAGGUACACUUAAAGUGAUUUAGAAAGUACCUUCGAUGCUUACCCUAAGACUUAACGUCUUUCAUGGCAAAUCGAGCAGCCCAAAUGAUGAAAAAAAUUAGCAAAUUAGUGUGUGUACCACUGGAGUUUUCCCCAGCAUUUUAGUUUCUCCGCAACUUUAUCAUCAAAAUGAUAUUUUGUUUACUCCUUUGCUCGCUUGAAAAUUCAAGCGUCAGUAAAAGGGUAAAAACAUGCGCGUGACGUCACUAAGUACAUGUUGGGCGAAUUUCAAAGUUGAUCUUUUGAGUGAACUUGUGUAUACUAUGUAACAUUUUCCACUUAAGUUAUAAAAGAAAUAAAACUCGUCUCAUGCUUUUAUGAUGUGAUAAUCUCGGGGAAUGUUGGGAGAAUACUGGAGAAGCGUGUAAAACACUCGGCUACGCCUCGAGUUAUGCUGAAUGUUUUUCCUGCAUGUGUUGCCUAUAUAGCUUACAAAAAACUUCAGCUGUGAGCUGUGCAAAUAUUCAUAUUUGUGAAUUAUAAAGUUUCAUGUUAGAUAUUUAUGCAAAUGAAGCAAUUAUAAUUAUUUUCAAAAUUGCAGGUUUUCUAUGUAAUUUAUGCAAUCUCUAAUAUAGAUAUUAACGAAUGUUCUUCGGGAAUUGAUGAAUGUCAUAGUGUUGCAAACUGUAUUGAUACAAUGGGUUCCUAUACCUGUGAAUGUAAGCCAGGUUUCACCGGAAAUGGUAGAAAUUGUCAAGGUAGGGACAUGCUGAUUCUCUUCUUUCACAUUUGCAAAUGUUGAAUAAGAUAUGAAAUCUCGAACGGUCGGUGCCAGUGUAUAGACGGUAUAGGUAGAGACGGAGUGCGCCUACCCGAGAAAUAUCAGCAGAACUUUGACGUUUCGAGGGAAGGUCCGUCGUCACGAAGUUAGUAACAACACGUUCUAGAGCAAAGUGAAAUAUUCUAUUUACUUAAUUCCGAACAAAACCAAAACAAAUCUACUGUUUUUGCACGAAACUUGACCAAUAUGUUGCUUAUAAUUGGAAUAUAAUCGCGAAGUUAGUAACCUGGAUCGGGAAAAUUUCAUGUGAUUUGGUACAAAAGGCUGCUCCAUUUACUGUUUGCGGAGUACUCCGAUUUUUCAGAACACUCAUAGAAUGGAUCCGCGAACACGGUUACAUGAAUGUUCUGACUACCCCUACUUAACAAUUGGAGCAGUCAAAACAGUCAUAAAACCGUUUCCUGUUCGAUUCUAUUAGUGUUGUAUUAGUGUACUCUAAACAUUAAACUAAGCAGCCUGGCAGUGAAUAUAAAAGCCUUCGCAUGACAAAAACAAACCAAUCAGCUGGAUUUAGUCAAAACAAUGUGCAAACAGAAAUACAUAAUUAAUUACAUUACAGAAUAUCUUUGUAAGGAAAUUAAAACAAGUUUGAAAUAAGGUGAUAAUUAGAAAUACAUUGAAUGUCUGUUUAGGGACCGUUCAUUAAUUAAGGACCGUUGGGGCUGGAGGAAAAUUAGGGGGUUGCCAAAACAAUUUAUGGUUAGAAGGAUGGGGGCCUUUAAAGUGUUUUCAGCAUGAAAGGGGGGGGGCAAAAUUAUUUGUGGUAAUUAUUAAUAUUUUAGGUUGACCAGUUUCAAAUAUUAAGCCUUCCAACCAAAACCAUUUGGAUGAAAUGGUUUGCAAUUUUAACAAUUUUAAAGCUUUUGUUAUGUUUGUGGUGAAAAAAUUGGGAAGCGUUUGAAUAUGUUUAAAAAUGUUUAGACUAUGCUUAUGUUCGUCAGGAAAUUUUUUACCUUCCCGUCGACAACAUUUUUGGGAAAAUUUGUACGACUUAGUGAAAAUAAAUAGGAGGGGGCUUGUGAAAAAAAUGUCGGUUAGAAGCGGGUCAUGAAAAAUUAACAUCUAAAUGGGGGUCAUGGAAAACUUGCACCGUUUCUGCUCUUUCCUCCAGCCCACCCUGACGUAUAAUUAAUGAACGGUCCCUUAGUCAGGCAAAGACAGAUAUAGCUAAACAUGGGGGAGUGUAUAUCCUUGAUACCACAGCUGUAAGAUACGAAAUAGUGAAUUCAAAGUUGUUAUUGCGUGAGCCGUUCAUGCUUUAGUGUCCAUUCAGCGCAUCCACAAGAAACUUAUAAUAAUGAUGAUAUCUCGCAUUUUCCACACACAGACGAUUGAUUUUGGAAAAUGUUAAAUUUGGAUAAAAAAGAUUUGGAUAAAAAGUCAGCAAUUAAUUUGGAGAUGGGAUUUGGAACCUUUCCCGCGUAAAAAAACAUGCAGGUCUGUGUGAAAGUUGCAAGUUGGACAGUUUGAAAUGCAUAGAAGAACUCCAGCACGUACCUGACAUUUUCAAGUCUCAAGUUGGUAGGCCGUAAUAAAACUUGAAUGUUUGAAAGAUCUUGUAAUUUUAUAUAUAAUUACAUUUUCUAUUCCAUGAGCGAGCAUUUAGAGCUUUGUGCGUGGUGCCAAAAUGUGAAUUCAAAACAAGUUUUUUAGCCUAGUCCAGAUACCAAACUUGGGCUAAGGUCUAUCAGGCUGUUAUAAUUAUCGUAACAAAUGACCUCGAUUAUCCAUCGUCCUCGGGAAAUACUGUAUGAACCAGAAGAGAGGAACUUUAUUUGUUCACGUGCACGCUCCAUGGAGUAUAGUAUUCCAAGGUGUGUAUGCGAUUUCUCUUCUAGGAUUUAAGCUUCAAUGCAGAAUAUUAUGGAGAAUGAAAUGGCUGUGAUCGUUAUAGAUUACUUAUUGUCAAUGAAACCUAUCUCUAAUUUAGAUAUUGACGAAUGUUCUACGGGAACUCAUACAUGCCAUGCUAAUGCGACCUGUACGGAUACAAUUGGUUCCUAUACAUGCGCAUGUAUAGAAUUUUUCACUGGAAAUGGGACGUACUGUGAAGGUAGGAAAAAAGAGUUUUGAGUUUUUAUUGUAAUUUGAUUGAAGGCCUCCAUCCUGGUGUUAUGCCAUAAAUAAAUCUCUCUUUGAUCAUACCGCACAAUCCUAUCCCUAAGAUAGAACACUGGAUAUUUUUUCGAAAUCCUUACUAUGGGAAUAGCGUGGAUCUUCGUUGGAAAUAGUAUGGAAAUGCAAUUUUUAUGCCAAUGUCCAUACUAUGGAUUCAGAAUGCAAAUUAUAUAGUACGAAUUUCACUAUUUUUGCCGUUAUAAAUAUCAUCCUCGGUCCCAGUGCCUCACGACUGACACUGCGUUGCCGAAGGCCCUGGUGAGAACCAAAACGAGAAGUGAUUUGAUUGGUCGCACAAAAAAAACAGUGGAAUGCGGAAAUUGAACAUGAAUUUAUAUUGCACCUGAUUGUACUAUUAAAAUAUGGCUGACUAUCCAGGAGUGUAUUGAUCGUUGAAAUCUGCUGUCUAUCAACGGAAAUUUUAUUUUUAAUAUAAAAUAUAUUGGAUGUUGUGUUACAAUGUAUUAAAAAGCGGCACAAAAUUGGGCAUUCGAUUAUUUAAAAUAUUGUAAUCACCAAAGCCAAAGGGACAUUUUAUAUACAAAGUAUAAACAAAGACAGACGAAAGGCUAUGCGAGAAAGACUGUACCGUUAAUUGUACAAAUCUACAAAAAUUGUGAGUGAUGUCUUGAAUCAUUCAAUUUCAAUGACAAAAUCCUGAUCGUGAAUGAGUGUGCAUGUAUUGUAGUUUUUUUGAUGCAAGACUCCACGAGAGUGACGAGACUCCAUACUAUUCAUGAUAUUAUAAAUAUAGCAUGUUAUAAAAUAUAAAUUGACAUUCUUUAUUGAUUUUAUAUCAAUUUCAUCAAAGGGUCUUAAUUUAUAUAAAGAUUAUAUUUUAUAUUAAUUGUAUUUAAUAAUGACAAAGUGAUUAAUAUAAUUAUUUAGUUUAAAUUCCGUAACUGGAAAUAUUAGUUCUUCAACAUUUCUUUUUGCCUUAAAUUUCAUGCAUAUAACACAGUUAUUCAGCAUUCAUUCAAAGCCUUUCAGAGUUUUCCUCAUGACCCGGACCCUUAGUGUCCACCGCGGGUGAUGAGCCUCCAAACAACUUUUUCAAUUUUGUGCUGUACGUACAUUCAGUAUUUUAAAAGUAAUGUGUCAACAUGUUGGAAACUAACUUCUGAAUCUCUUACAUGCAGUUGACAUUAUGUUUAUAGUGCUAGAUUUCAAGGUUUAAUUAGUCACCAUAGGCACAGGAGAAAAGUUUUGAAAUUUAAAAUUGAGGAGCACUUUAUUUAAUUAUAAUUCAUGUCAACAGCACCAAAUUUAUCAUUUGGAAACUUUUGAAGAGAAAUUGGGCAAGGCAGGAGUGGUGCAUGCAAGAGUCAAGUAUGGGGGGGGGGGGAGCUGUAGCUCCCCUAUGUGGAAAUUCUAGCCUCUCUCCAAUCAGGGAAGUGUAAUAUACUGGGAAGAAUUAUGUUUUGUAAUGAGCAUGUUUUGUAGUGCUGGUAAAUGCAUUGUUACAGACAAUAAAUUCUGCGCGAUUUCAGAGCCCAAAAGUUCAACUUUUCCAUGUGUGAGCAUAAGUUGAACAUACAAAACAAUAAUUUUACUAAUUAUAUAAUUCAAUUCACUUUCAAACAGGAUUUUUCAAGAGGUUUACUUUAUUUUUAACAACGUUUCGGACAGUUUUACUGUCCGUCUUCAGGUUAUUACAACUUUGUAAAUGACUCAGCAGGGGCGGAUUCAGACCGUUGCAACCGUAGCAUAUGCUACGGUCAGAUUUCCCUGAGAUAUAUUUUUCCAGCUGGUUGUACCUUUUUUAAAGUUAUUAAAAACUAAAACGUUAUACUAUUUUUAAUUGCCGUUAUUUUCAAUUUUUCAUUGAAACUUGGUGCAAUUUUUUUAAAAUUUACUAAAUCAUAUUGAUACAAUUUUAUCGAUUUUUUAUUUCAUUUUGGAUAAUUAAGUUCGGGUUUUUCUCAAAUCUCCGCCCGAAAUACUGCCUGUAUUUGUGGGUUUUGCACUAGUACUAUAUCACAUCGUUCUGAAGUCGUAGCAUUUGCUUCAUUGUGAUUGGCUUGCUUUGUCUAACCGUAGCAAACCAAUCAUAGCGCUGUAUUUGGAAAUUUUUGCAGUGGUCAGAUUGAAACUGACCGUUGCAAAAAUUCGCAAAUACGGCGCGCUGAUUGGUUUGCUACGGUCAGACGAAGUAAGCCAAUCAGAAUGAGGCAAAAUGCUACUGUUUGCAAUAGUCGCAUCGACUUCAGAGCGAUGCUGGCUUGUUAUUGUCGUGUCGGCUCCUCGUUGUAAUCGAAUAGUCGCUAAAUUUUAAUCGCCGCUCGUUCCAAGGAGAAAGAUAUGGUGGCUUCUACAUGACUCCACGAUCUUCUGUGUAUAAUGAACGAAUGUAAACGUGUUUCAUUUAACGAAAAGGUGCGCGGAAAAAUUCUGAUCGAAAGCUUUUAUUUGGUGUGCGAUUAUUGGCAUAAUUUGCGUUUCCCGCGAUGUGAACUGUGAAGACAGCGCUGUUUGAAUCACCUCCGUGUCAGGUCAGUCUCAUGAAUAGUAUAUUAAAUAUGUAAAUAACAUAUCGAAUUUUACAAAGUUCAUGCGUCUCGAAUAUAUUACCAUAUAUUUGCUGAUGAAACGUAUCAUUAUAAAAAUGCAGAACAAUAUCAAUGGCCACUCACACUAUUUGAUAGCCAUUGGCAUGCCAUGUGUGUUUAUAUUAAGAAAUAUGUUAGUUAAUCUCCUAUAUAUUUCAUAUCUUAGACUUUGCUCAUGUAAUUAUUAGUUGUAGACCUGUUGUAGUCUAUAAAGACUAGUGAGUAGUGUAAAUGAAACUUACAGAAAUAGUUACACUCCGAUAUAUUAUAUUGUAGUUUACAUGUAUACUAACAGAGUUUAGAAUUACAACAGCUGAGCCUGCUUCCUGGGAUAACAUAUCAUAAAUAUAUGGUUAGAUGUUUCAAAUCCAUGUAUUGGAUACCUUACUUGUAUUAAAAUUCGCGUCGUAUACUCAAUUUUGUUCAGCUUUAAAUUCGCGCAUUCAAAUUUCGCGAAACUUGUUCGCGCAGCAUUCGCGCAAGUAAUUUUCCGUGUUGGUUCCUUUUGGUUUCAUUAAUAGAACUAUAACAACAAAUACUUCAAUAUUUGUCAAAACAAAAUUCAUGAUAACAGUAAAGCCUGGUUCACAUAUGCCUGCGGCAUGCCUGCGACUGUAUCAUUAUGCCUCUACUUGCCGCCGAAAUACCGGCAAAGUUGAACUCAAGUCUCAAGUCAACUUUCCCGGCCUACCGCCAAUGUAACUGUGGCACUGGAGGCAAUCGGCGACCAAAUGUUCACAUAAUUUACGUUUUAAAGCUACCAUCGGCAUCGUCGCCGGUACGUCGCAGGCAUAUAUGUGAACCAGGCAUAUAUGUGAACCAGGCUUAAAACGUAUAAAGUUCAAACUUCAAAAUGUAUGGUUUUCAUUUGCCUAAUACAAUAACAAUAGCUAAUUUUAUUAGCAUCCCAUAUAUUAUAGGUUCGUACUAUAUGGUAUUGCCUUACAUUAUAUUAUUUACUAACAACGAGUGAAUAUUACACCGCAAAGCUUUUCGCGUGGAUUAUAUUUCCCGCAGUACUAAAAUUUGCGCACCCAGCUCUGCGCAAAUUCCUGCAGUAUUGCUCGAAUUUUAGUACAAAUAAACAUAUACAAAUAAACAUUUUUCCUAAUUGCCGUUGUGCUGCUGUUUGAAGAUGAUCUACAAAUAAACAUUUUUCCUAUAACUUGGAGAUAAUCUAUACUACAGUACAGAAAAUAUUUCAGUUUCCUGACUGCCAUAAGUUGCCCUGCUGUUUCGGGAUGAUCUAUAUAUGCUGCUGCUUAGCCAGAUAAACAUUGUCCCUAACUGUCGUUGGGCCGCUGUUUCAAGAUGAUGUACAUUUGAAAACUUUCGAACUACUGUUAUCUUACUUUUUCAAGAUAAUCUGUUGUUCGAAGUGGUAUGUUGAUGAAUAAAUUUUGUAACUUUUGUGCGUUUUUUUCUUAUUUUGGUGUGAAAAACAGCCACUUUUCUACAAAUUUUAAAUCUUAUUUCGAUGCUCAGAAUGCAGGAAAUGGUACUUGCGGGCUUCAAAUUUCAAAAAUUUUCUGGGGGGGCAUGCCUCUAAACCCCCCUAGGUAGGGCGUGGCCUUCGGCCCCGCAUGUUGAUUUCAUCCAAAAUGCUACGGUCAGAUUGAGACGCUGAAUCCGCCCCUGAUAAUGUUAUAAGUUCUUUGUAAAUGUUGACGUGUACAAACUAAUUUAACGUUCGUUCUACGCAAGCUUAAUUUCAAACUAAAAUGCACGCGCACGCGCGUGUCUGUUCUCAUUAUCGAAAUAUCUGUCUAAAAUAGGCCUCCAUACUGUCAAUGACUCAAAACUGUUUAAUACUUUCAUACCACGAUGUAUUUCCCUGAGAGACUCUAUUCCUUCUUUCACCUUUCUUUGUCUCAAACCACUUUCUUUUGCCACAACACUUGUAUUUUCCCAAUCAACUCCAUUUAAACAAUUCACAUUGUGUCGCGCUAAUCCCCCGUCUUCCUUUCCCAUUCGUUCAUUGGCCAUUGUCAGGUUCCCGUACUUUCUUUUGCCACAACACUUGUAUUUUCCCAAUCAACUCCACUUAAACAAUUCACAUUGUGUCGCGCUAAUCCCCCGUCUUCCUUUCCCAUUCGUUCAUUGGCCAUUGUCAGGUUCCCGUUUUUAGUGUGAAGUUUCUUCGAAACUUCACAGUAUUGUGAUGGUGGGCAAGAUUCAAACGAAACAGUCAGUCAGUCAGUCAUUCAUUCAUUCAGUCAUACAGUAAACUUUCCGGGGGGCGUGUACCAUUUAUGUUCGUAGUGAUUUAUUGUGCUUAGUACUUUGAAGGUUAUUUAGGCAAUUUCAGUUAACUUAUUUACAUAUUAUGUUAUCCUUUUAGCAAGUUCACAAAAAUUUCGAGCAAUCGCUUUCGUUAUUGUAAUUCUUUGUAAAUUUUAGAACAUUCGCUUCUCAUGUUGUGUAAAGGAUCUUUACCCCGGAACACCCGAUUUUUCUUUAGUAGCGCAAAUGCGCACGCGCUAUCAAGCCGUAGAUUACGAUGGCGUGACGACAUGCUAGGAAGGAGUGACAGUGUUGUUUUCAGAUGUAUAAACAUUUCAGACGUGAAUAUUGAGUAAAUCUUUGAAAAUCUACGCAAUAUAUAAAUUGAUCUUAUGCAUUACGGCCGUUCAAUUAAUAAGUGUCGAUAAUAUUUAGGCGGUAUAUUCAUUAUACAGAGCUAGGAAGGAGCUACUGUAGACCGCCUAGACAGUGCAUUUAAGACUCAUUGUAUAAACAUUUCAGACGUAAAUAUUGAGCCGAAAAUCUUUGAGAUUCCAGGCAUUCAAUUGAGUGCUGGUAUACUCAUUAUACAGGGGUACAGUAUGUACGAAGAAGCGAGACAGUGUUGUUUUUCAAAUAUGUAAACAUUUCAGACAUGAAUAUUGAGAAAAUCUUUGCCGGAGAUUCUACGCAAUAAUAUGAUAUAUAAAUUGAUGAGUAUGGUUACCGGCGUUCAAUUAAGUGCCCAUCGAUAGACGAUAUUAUUUAGACCGUGUAUUCAUUAUACAUUGUUAUUUGACUGUAUAAGGUGCCACAUCACAGAAUAGUACACGCAGGCAAAGAGCGAAAAAUUGCAUCAGAUCAAUAAAGCAUCGACAACUAUUAAACAGAAGCGGGCGUUCGUACAGACGUUUAUGAAGAAAAUAUUGCGAGACGAAGGAAAUCAGUUGAGUCAGAGCUCCUUAUUUUAAUAAGAAAGACGAGGCGAUAGCCAAUAUGUUAUCGCCAACGUGUUAUCACCAAUCGCUUGGCUCACCAACAAGCUUUAUGCAAUGGAAGAAAAAAGCAAGGAGGUACAUGUAGCUAACGUGUACUGUCGCGGACCUUGUUUACUGUCUAGCACAACGCCGUUGUCAACGGUGCAAAUUCGUGUUCAGUGCAACGUUAACUCUACCAGAUCUUACGAGAAUUAAUCUGUAGUAUUCUGUACACAGAACUGUAUCAAAGCUUGUCAAAACUGCUUUAAACACUGCUAUAACUGUGAAACUAUUGAAAUCUAAAGUGAAUUAUUCAAAACAUGCGAAAAGCUAAAAAUAGACACAACGUGACACUGGGAAAAGUCAAAGGUCAAUGCGGACUUGUUAUUGUAAAACAUGUCACAAUUAGGUUAAAAUGCGGAAGCGGGUGGAGCGGACCACAGAACGGAAAUGCGAAAAAAAUACGGAACGGAUGAAGAUAAAAUGCUUCCUUUCAAUGUAACGACGUAGUGCUUAUUAUUUAUAACAUAUCGUAUCAUCUAUUUCAAUUAUAAGUUUGCAGUAGCCUUUUGCGGAUGCUUUUAGCGACAGCUGCAAUUGAAAUCUUGAAUUGUCGCCUGUAGCGUCACAAUAAAUAGAUAAAUUGUAUCAGUUUCACAAAGCACGUUUCUGAUGUGUUAGGCUUGUUUCAAACGUCACGCUACUCGUGUGUCGAGCGCAUUAAAAGCAAUAUAUAAUGAGAUAAAAUGCCAUUGGUGAUUGUUUAUUUCGUAGUGUAAGACAUCAGCUUUUCUAGGUUGUCAGCGACCCUAUAUAGUUCUUGCAGAAUCUUUUUCAAUUUGAAACUUCACACUAUCCUUGGAUCCCUAGUUGAUAUCUUCAUUCGUUAGUCUCACUUUGCUUUCAUGUUCCUUUUUUCUUGUCUUCAGUAAUCUCCACGUUUCUCCAACAUACGCUGCGUUCUCACAUUUGCACGGAAUCUUGUACACAACACCUUUCUGCUUCUCACGAAGUGGUUGUUGGGAUCUGGUCUUUAGAUCUUUGACUUUCUUUCCUGAUUUGAAGGCCGUUUGAAAAGAAUGUUUCAAAGCUACUCUCUUAAACUGUUCUGAUAUUCCGCGAACAUACGGUACCAUCACCUUUCCUCGAUAUUGUUGUUCUUCCAUUUCUCUUUCACUCCAUACAUUCUGCUUCAUAUACUGUUUAACUACCUUUCUGUCAUACCCAUUUGCCACAAACACAUCUUCAACAUUCUUUAACUCAACUUCCAAGUGUUUAUCGUCAUAUCAAAAACGGGAACCUGACAUGGCCAAUGAACGAAUGGGAAAGGAAGACGGGGGAUUAGCGCGACAAAAUGUGAAUUGUUUAAGUGGAGUUGAUUGGGAAAAUACAAGUGUUGUGGCAAAAGAAAGUGGUUUGAGACAAAGAAAGGUGAAAGAAGGAAUAGACUCUCUCUGGGAAAUACAUCGUGGUAUGAAAGUAUUAAACAGUUUUGAGUCAUUGACAGAAUGGAGGCCUAUUUUAGACAGAUAUUUCGAUAAUGAGAACAGACACGCGCGUGCGCGUGCAUUUCAGUUUGAAAUUAAGCUUGCGUAGAACGAACGUUAAAUUAGUUUGUACACGUCAACAUUUACAAAGUUGUAAUAACCUGAAGAUGGACAGUAAAACUGUCCGAAACGUUGUUAAAAAUAAAGUAAACCUCUUGAAAAAUCCUGUUUGAAAGUGAAUUGAAUUAUAUAAUUAAUGAUGACCAGAGGUGAAAGUUUUAGAAGAAUAAAUAAUUUUACUGUUUGAAAGAUUAUAAUCCCGUGCUGGGAACCUGAUAUUCCUUGUCGGGGAAUUCCUGGAACCUCCAGCCCCCACACACAAGCGCACCGCAUACUGGUACCCACACACCUCCAUUUCCUACACCACUGCAAUAUUAGUACAGCGUGGAUGCACCAUAAAGCUGUUCUUUAUUUUUUUACAGUUUCUCCAUUAAUUAGCACACCAAAUUCUCAUGGAGGAAUUGUAAGAAUAAAUCAAUAUUUAUCAAUUACACAAUAUUCUUUAUUUUGUUGAUGCAAUUUCUUUCUUUCUCUGAGUUGACGCAUUACUUUCUUUUUCUGAGUUGAUGCUGUAGUAUAGCUGACAAUGCCAGGAUUGGAACACCAGGAAACAAACUUUCCGACAUACCAAUCCUUCCAUAGCAAGUCCUGAAAUCCUUCCUAAGUGAACAUAUAUAAGUUAUAUAUUUAUGCAAAGUAAUUACUUUGCAAUUAAACUAAUUAUUAAUUGGCACACAUUAAAUAUGAGACCUUUAAAUUAAGUCAAAUAUUCGUCUGAUGUCGCUCUUAACGGUCUUAACCCAUCGAGUGCCAGCACUCUCCCCUUGAUGAGCAAAAUCGUCUGGCAUUAGACAGAGUAAGAUAGUAAAGUGCAUUAGAUAGUCUGAUUAACAAUUGAGCAGUAGCACUCUCGCCUUCACUAGUACAAUCUUCUGGCACGUUAAGCUGAGUAAAAUAAUUUGGUAGCACUUAAAGGGCUGAACAAACUUUUCUAGACUUGGUACAUGUAAAAUGCAGCGUUUAGACAGGACGUAAAACAGUUAUGUUAGUAGAAACAGACCCCCCAAAAAAUGUCCGGGGGUGGUGGGACUUCCGAUGGUAGGAUUUCAGGAAAUAGGCGCAUAUUACUGCCCACAACUCGGGUUAUCUUGCAGUUUCGUUGAAUUUGGACACGAUUCCAGAUUUUUCUGUGUUGGUGUAAUGUAUUCAGGUGAAUAUGAUGCUUGUGAUGUUACUCUGAGUGUAUAUCCACACCGAGUAAGCUUAAAAAAUAUGCCUGACCACGGUGGGAAUCGAACCUAGGACCUUUGGAAUACUAGCCCAAUGCUCUUCCAACUGAGCUACGCGGUCAGGUCGGUUGGAGUAUGUGAUAUUUCAUGAUUACUAAAUUGCAUUGAUAUAUCAUGAUCCGAAAUAUCAAAUACUUGAACCGACCUGACCGUCAACCUCGUUCCCAGGGCUUUUCCCUUUUCCCACAGUAUUGUGAUGACUGGGGGGAAAUCCAAACGAAACAGUCAGUCAUACAGUAAACUUUCCGGGGGUGUAUACGGUAUAUGUUCGUAGUGAUUUAUCGUACUUAGUCUGUGCUUUGAAGGUUAUUUAGACAAUUUCAGUUGUCUUAUUUAAAUAUUCUGUCAGUCAGUCAAAUCUUUAUUUAAGCACGGUAGCUUCAUCAGGUUUACAAAAAAGUUAUCUAUACAUUAAUAAGUUUAAAAAAAUUUUCACGCCUAUGUUACAUUAAUAUUUAUACCUGUUUUCCAUGAAUGCCGUGUCUAUCGAAUAUGAUGUUUCAACAAUUGUCGAAAUUCAGUAAGAGAUUCCGCUUGUCUUAUAUUGCUAGGUAAGCUGUUCCAUAACACUGCACCCCUAUAGCUAAAGCUAUUUUUAAGAUAAUUGGUGCGGGGUAAAGGAGCAGCAAGUUUGUUCACGGAGUCUCGAAGUAUAUAAGAAGUUACAUUAUUGCGAUUAGUAAAUUUAGAACAUAGAUAUUCGGGUGCAAGGUUAUUUAAAGAUUUGAAAACCAUCAAUGCUUUUUGAAAUUGGCGUUGUUGGUUUAGAUCAUCCCACCCUAGCUUUUCCAAUAAGCUAUUGGCAUCGGCGUCAAAGUUGGAAAAGGUCAACACCCGCAUUGCACGGUUUUGAAGUUUUUGAAGUUUGUUAGGCCUUUAGCCAAGUUUUGGGCCUUUAGCCAAGUUUUGCCAAGUUUACAAAAAAUUCGAGGAAUUGUUGUCGUUAUUGUAAAUUUUAUAACAUGCGCUUCUCAUGCUGUGUAAAGGACCUUUAACCCGGAACACCCGAUUUUUUCUUUAACAGCGCAAAUGCGCAUGCGCUACCAAGCCGUAGAUCACGAUGGCGUGAGUCGUGACGAUGCUAUAGGCCGUAGGAUGAGCAUCCAAAAGAUGAAAUUCCGUUGCACCCUUCGUGGAACUACGUCAUUUUCAAAUGAAUAAAUAGAUAAAAACUUACUUUAUCAGAAUCGGUUUCUCCCCAAGUGAAAGAGGUGCACAAUUGGGAGAAAAAUCCCUCCAAAGUUUGAUAUUUUCGCGCUUCGAAAUAUUCGAACCGCCAUUAUUUUGCUAGCAAAUACGCAUGCGUAACUCAGCCAGACUCGCACUGCGCACGCGCAGGCUAUAAAAAUAGAUUCUCACUGGGGGGGGGUCCCCAAUUUCCUCCGCAAAAACAACAAAUUAAAAUCACGGAAUACUGAUCAAACCUUGUAAUACAAAUACACCCAUAUUAAAUAUUGUUAAAAACACAUUGUAUAUUUUGCUUGCUCAUAUGCUAAAUCACUUCAAUUCAUUGGCUAUUGUUUCAAAUUACCGUUUUAACGUUUAAUUCUACUUCGUAUUAACAUCCUAAUUCAAUACAAAUUUGUGUCAGGUAAAAAACCCGCUGUAUCAAACAGGACGGAGAAUAAAAACAUUUUUGCAUACAAUUCACACGAUCAAGGAACAAAUGAAAUAUUUCGCUGAAAUAUGUCGCGGAAAUAUUCAUGAUUGCGUAAUGUCGCGGAAAUAUUCGUGAUUUUUAAUGGGCUUUUAUUGCAAACGCAAAAUUUGCUUCCCAGAAAGCAAAUUAUUUCCUACCAAAUUCAGAUUUCAGAAGCAUUUUAUGAAACACCCUUUAUCCGUUUGACGACGCUGCUAAGACAAUAUGACAUACCGAAAGAUUGGAAAGACAAAUAAUAUGACAACAGUGUUUCCCAGUUCGUCCCGGGCAUUAAGGGAUAUUUAUAUAAACUCGAAAUUCAUCAAAAAACAAUUAAUUGGGAGGAAAUAUAAAAUCCAUAAUUUCGUUAUAGCUAUCUAUAAUUGAAAGAAAUGUUUUCAUCUUUGAACCCAGAUUUUCAUCAGAGCAAUAAAAUCCCACUUAUUGGAUCCUGACCAAGGUCUUGCACGCUCAAAACGAGAUUGCAUGUAUUCUGCUAUAAGCUGCCUUGACUUUUGUCUUAUAUAAUAGUAUAAUACACGAAAAGUACUAUAACUGAGGGAGAGCAAGAGCAGCAAACACUGUCUGCUGGAUUGUCUGGGGAAACCUUAACGGGCACCUGGUACGUUUUGGAUUGUAUUUAUUUACGUUUUGGUUUAUAUAUUUGUGACAUAAAACAAACAUGUGAUGGCCAUGUGAAACAAAACAAAUGCUCACUGGUCUCUUUAUAAAAAAUCAUUGUCACCUCCGUUAUAUUGCACGAAACGUCUUCAAUGAGAGAUGGCUUAAAGAUGACUGUGUGCCAAAUUGGAAAUCCUAACUCACGUAAGAAAACAUAUUAAUUUGCACAAAGUUGUGGGAAAUAUAUUUCAACAUAUAUACUUCAAUACAAUAGUAAAUUACUUUAAUAUAUUAAUGGUCCAUAGGUGUAAAUGUGGUAACUGUGUCCUGACUCAUUGUUGUUUAUGUGAACCUUGUAAGGAAAAAAUGCUGGAAGAAAACAUGCAUGACCAGCAUUUGAUAUUGGUUGUAUUUGAAAACCCUCUGGAAAUAUCAAGACUUUUAGUAUACCCCAUUCCAUUGGAAAUCUUGAUGCAAUGGUCAACACCACCCCCUAUCCUUUUGAAUUUUUGAUCUCUUCUGUAGCAGGGUGAGGUGUGGGGGGUAUGGCUAUUUCCUGGAACUAUGCAAUUUGACUGAGUCAUGUAUGAGUAAUUUUUGGCAUUAAGCAUUCCCUCAAAAGGCAAGCCCCAGACAUAUUUGCAUGUUUUUCUUUAAAAAGAAUGACUACCAGGUAGGUGGGUGAGAAAAAGAGCACUCCCUACUCUGGCGAUGAGUGGUAAGAAAUUCUCAUCAGCCAGGAGCAGCCAAACUGAUACAAUGUCAUGAUCUGAGUAUCAUAUUCUGAAUUUAGUAAUGUUUGAAUCCCUGUAAAGAUGAGCAAGGUACUGAAAUAUCCUGCAAACAAGAAUCUUGUAUUAUGAAUCCUGGUGUUUUUGUGCAGAACACAGCUCACAAAUAACAUGAUAGUUUUUGGAUUACUAAAUUUUAAAGCUGUCAUGUUAAUAUAUAAAUUUUCUUUUUGAAAGUAUGUUUCUUAGGGCAGUUGCAUAUCAAGUAGUGAAACUUGUGUGGAGCUGUAUACCAACAGUUCAAGAAGGUACCCCCUUCCUUGCUGUGCAUAUGCCAAGAUACGGUUUCUGUCUUGUUUAUGUGAACAAUGAACAUUUUGCCGAGAUAUUUUUUAACACUGACAUCAUGCUUGAAAGUAUGAUAGUAGUAAAAAACUGUUCAGAAUUUCCAUAGGGGUGGGGGAAACAAGCUGUCAGUGACAAUUAGAAAAAUCUAGAGGGGUGGGGGUUCAUAAUUAACUAAAUCUCUUCCAUUAGCAGGGGGUAUUGCCUAGAACUACACAUUGAAAUACUUAGUCUGGUUCACUCUUUUUCCCUUCGGUAUACAGAGUGGUAUAAUUUGCAAUUGGCAGCCUUUUAAUCAGGUUUUGUAACUUAAACCAGGAAGUUUUAACACCCGAUGUUUCAGACAACCAAUAUCAAAUGCUGGAUGCUCAGUUUAAUAAGCAGCAGUCAUGCAUGUUUUCUUCCAGCAUUUUUUCUUACAAGGUUCACAUAAACAACAAUGAGCCAGGACACAGUUACCACAUUUAUACCUAUGGAUCAUUAAUAUAUUAAACUAUACUAUUGAAGUAUACUAUUGAAGUAUACAAUAUAUUUAUUAAUAUAUAUAAUUGAAAUAUAUUUCCCACAACUUUGUGCAAAUUAAUAUGUUUUCUUACGUGAGUUAGGAUUUCCAAUUUGGCACACGGUCAUCUUUAAGCCAUCUCUCAUUGAAGACGUUUCGUGCAAUAUAACGGAGGUGACAAUGAUUUUUUAUAAGGAGACCAGUGAGCAUUUGUUUUGUUUCACAUGGCCAUCACAUGUUUGUUUUAUGUCACAAAUAUAUAAACCAAAACGUAAAUAAAUACAAUCCGAAACGUACCAGGUGCCCGUUAAGGUUUCCCCAGACAAUCCAGCAGACAGUGUUUGCUGCUCUUGCUCUCUCUCAGUUAUAGUACUUUUCGUGUAUUAUACUAUUAUGUUUUUUCAGUGGCAAGAGCUUCGACUGAAGUAUCAUAGGCCUCGCACAAAUCCACACUUUUCUCCAUAUUUACAUCACCCCCGCUAUCACAAGAAAAGUCUUCGGCAAAAGAGAGUUCGCAAGAUGAAUGUGUUGCAAAAUUUGAGCUGUGGCUUUCGUCAGAAGACAUAAUUUUGAACAAACAACAGCCUAGUAUAAGCCUUUGAUAAUAUUAAUUUCUCCUUCGGGAAAGAAGCGUGUUGAGUAAAUGACGUCACAUCCGGCUAAGAAAUCAACAUCUCGCUAAUUGACAACUCAGUAAUGGCGGCCGAAAAAUUUGCAUGUUUGCGUUGAAAAAAAAAGGCAGAAGGAAAUAGAAUUGGACGCUGAAAUUUGGUAAUUUUGUUUAUCUACUGACAUACUUUCUGAAUAUACAAUAAAAAGACAGCACAAUUUUCCAUCGCAGUGGCACUUUAAUAAUUCAUGAGCAAAUUAGCCAACCAUAUUGCUUUAUUUUGCUCACACUAUAAUACUAGAUACUUUAUGAAGUAUAUUGAUCCUAUAGUGUCCUAGGACUGGAUUAAAAUUAAUUCAGUCCUUGGACUGGAUUUGUUGAAUAGCUUACAAAGAGAGGGAGCAACUAUAGCAGCUGUAUUUUUGAAGAGUCUGGCUGGAAUUUCAUCCGGUCCGGUGUCUUUGUUGGUAUCGAGGGAAUUAAGUAUAAUCUCCAUUUCGGGUUCAGUCAGAGUAAAUUCAGUUAAAACUGGAGGACCACUGGUUUCGGUAGGAAGUUCGUCAGGGAGGUUUUCAGAUGAAAACACGGAUUCGAAGUAGGUGUUGAAGAAUGUAGCUAUUUCAACAGGGUUUGCAGCAGUUGGUCUUGGCGACUGGUCGGAUUGGUCGCCUUGGGAAACGUGAAGAGAACCAGGUUGACCAUCGGAAGAACUGGUGGUGGUUACUGCAGGCAUAGAGAUACGAUCCGGGAUGCUACAUGACUUGGACUUUUGUCUAAGUACUGACCACAUGCGCUUUGGGUUGACUCUAAAGCUGCUGUCAAUUUCACGGAAAUAGUUUUCUCGGCUUUCGUUUAAUAACCUCUUAACUUCAGAACGCAUGUUUUUGUACUUUUCUGUCAAAUAACUGGUAGACGAGACUUUUAAUUUUCUACGAAUGGAAUCUUUCUUCUUUAUUUGAUAGAGAAUGUUACUAUUCAACCAUGGUAACGGAUUUCGACUUUUAAGUCUCUUUUUCGGUAUAUAUUUGGAAACUUCGGUUAGAAAAGCAUUUUUCCGACGCUCCCAAUCAGCAUCAAUGUCACCAGGUUGGUCCAAGAUAGUUGUAGACAGGUCAAGCUCUCGUAAAGCAGCGCACAAACCUUGUAAGUCUCCUUUCUCGUAGUCGUAGAUAUUUCUCACAGUUUUUCUUGGAGCUUUAGUAAAUGCAUUAAAGUCAAACGAAAUGGAAUGAUGGUCUGUAAAGAUGGAUGAUUCACCAGGAGACAAAAUUUCUGUUAUUCUGACAUGAUCUGGUGCACUUGUAAUAACUAAGUCUAAGAUGUUGUUACCGCGUGUUGGGGUGUUGUUGAGUUGAGACAAGAAGUGAUCAUUCAGUGAUUCCACAAAGAAAAGUUCAUUAGCACCACAGGUACUUACUGGCACUUCCCAACGUAUGUUUGAAAAAUUAAAGUCUCCAGCAAGAACGACGUUUUCGUAAUGAUCACAAGCGUGGUUUAGAAAGAUUUCAAAUUUAGCCGUCCAAGACAGGUCCGCAUCCGGUGGACGGUAACAGCAGCAGUAGAGAAGUUUUUUGUCAUCAGUUGUUCUCACUUCAGCUGACACGAUUUCAAGUUGUUUUGCUUCCUCAGAUUCAGGCACAAAUUCCUUGACAGAUUUGAAAUGCUCAGUUUUUACGGCAAUAAGUACUCCACCACCGCAACGAUUGACUCGAUCUUUCCUAUAGAUUGUGAACCGAGAAUGCAGUACUUCAUCGUUGCUAAUAUCCGUUGUAAGCCAAGUUUCACUGACACAUAUAAUAUCUGAGUUUUCAUUGUACACGAAAUUGAAGUUUCAUUGUGUACUCUAUGAAUGCUCUUUAUACUCCUUGCAUUGAGGACUAAACAUUUAACUUGCUUUCUUGAAGCACUGUUCAUUGAAGCUGAAUAAUACGCUGGGCCAGGAUUAGUUGCCACAUCACCAGCGAGCAAAAUUAAUAAGACAACGUGAGAUAGCUUUUGAUUCACUUGAAGAUUUAGUGCGUAACGAUAGUUCAGCGGAUAGUAAAACUUCCUUUGCUUGAGAUCACGAGUAGCAGUCCAAAUCAUACAUAAUUUUUCCGGUAAAACUGCAAGUGCUGAGUUGAUAACUAGGUCUUUAGCACUUCUGUGAGGAGGAUUAUAAGGUUUUGAUUUAGAACACAACCAAAGAAUGAACACAUAAAGCAUGAAGCAUUUUACACCGUCUCUUAUAUAGUUGAAAAUACACGCAUAUCUUCGAUAAUUCUUCAUAACGUUAAAAAUAUUCAAAUAAAUAUAUAAUCCGCGCGAUUUUCCAAAUUUCAAAAUUAAGUGAGUUCUAAUUGAGCUUGCACGUGCAGAUUAGAAUGAAAACGUUCUCGCGCUGACGUAAGUGAUGUCGCGUGCACCUGACGUGCGUCGUUUGCUUGCGUGAUGUGACCAAUUUAAAUUGUUUCGGCGAAACUUUCUCACAUAUUGUAAUUUCAAACAAUUUAUAUUCGCAAAAAUAUGCUUUAUCUUGUACCUGAUUAACAGCUCUUAACUUUUUACAGGUAAAUCUUCACUUUAUCUUGAACUAAGGGUAAUUUCGCGUCCAAAUCUUGUACAUACAGCGGAAAUAAAACUGUAUUAAAUGCGGAGCCCUUUGGCAUGCGCCUUCGCGCAACGGCGCGUCACGUCAGUCAGUUAUCUACGGAUCUUCUCUUCAUCACAAAAUCUCUUCCAGCAUUUCAUAUGAUGGUUCCAUUCUAAGUUAAUGGUGUCAGGGUUCUUCUCGAUGUAUGAAUUGACAGAUCCGUCAUCGAUAUUCUCGUACGAUUUCUUAGCUAUUUCAGCUUGUUGCAUUUAAGUUUGGCCCAUUUUGACAAACACUCAAGAAAUUUCUCAAGCCUUUGGCGUGUAACUUUGCAAAGUUGCUCCGUAACGCCAUCAAAAUUCAUAAAACAUGAGGUUAUUCGAGUUUUAUAAAUAUCUCCAGCCAUGUCUAUGUACAUAACUGAGCGUGUUUCCACUUCGAAGCAUGUGCGUUGGUUGUGCGCGUGCGCAGUGCGAGUUUGGCUGAGUUGCGCAUGCGUAUUUGCUAUCAAAACAAUGGCGGUUCGAUUAUGUCGAAGCGCGAAAAUAUCAAACUUAGGAGGGAUUUUUCUCCCAAUUGUGCACCUGUUUCGCUUGGGGAGCAACGGAUUCUGAUAAAGUAAGUUUUUAUCUAUUUCUUCAUGUGAAAAUUACGUAGUUCCACGAGGGGUGCAACGGAAUCCGUUUUCUAAGCAUCUUUUGGAUGCUCAUCCUACGGCCUACGACACAGGCUGGUCACGUGGGUCCCAGAUUUUGGGUGCCAAAUUAUGCGACUCCGGGAGUGUAUAUGUCAUUAUCAUACGGCAAAACCGUAAAUCCUCGUUAAUAUAUAAAACGUAAUGUAUGUGCUGAAAGACUCUGAACUAUGAUUUGCUUUAUUUGUUUAGAUUUGAUAGUAUAUAGGUGAAAUUCCGACUAGAAUGUUAUUACAUAAAGGGUCGGAAAAUGUAAAGUUGGCAAAACUGCAGCUUUCGUCAGAGCGAAACCCGACAGCACAACAUGUCAACAAGACAGCGCUCCACAUGAUUGAAUCCCAUUUUACUGUAAAACGUUUUUGUCCAUAAAUAUUAGCGGUUUACUGUACAUAUAAAACAGAUUUCUAGUGUGGUUACCAUACAGCACACUCGGAACGACAAUGGUUUAAACUAGUAAUAACCUAGGAACAUCGGUGUGAAAAUCUUGCUUCAUAACGUAACAAAACCUGAAACAAAUUGCUCCAAUAAACUCAAAAAAUUAUCUACAUGAAAAACUAUAUUAGCCAACCAUUAGUUGCAGUGGUUAUAGCUCAAUUAAAUCUCGACUGUAAACUGAAACAGUGAAAUGAAAUUGAAAAAAAAAGCGAAUGCUAGUACUGUCAGUAGUAGCACAUAAAAGUCCAAAAACCUUCAAUACACCUAUGGCUAUACAUUCUAAACUAGAAAAUACAUGCAUGCAGAAACCCUCGCCCCGCUGACAAAACCAUUGUAUUUUUCGAACAUGAAGUAUCUAAAGUAGUUGUCUUGGUAACACGAUAAUUUUUUAAGAAUAUUCUUACAAAUGAAAAAUCGCCUAAAAAUAUCACUUUUAAUUACAAAAUUAUCAAUUUCCCAACAUAUAUAUGUUAGGUAUGUUAUUAUACGCAAUAUAAUCUUCAAUUUAAGGUAAAAUUCAACCAAAAGUGUUCUUUAUAAAACUUUAAAUGGUUUUAUCGAUAAACUUUGAGUUUGCAAUAAAAUUAUUUCAAAUUCUCGCAUGCAAAUAAUUUUGCUUUCUUUUUUAUUUAAAAUAUUCAAUAUAAUAAAAAAGGGAAUCAAUAUUAAAGAUACACUGAAAUUAUAUGCUGUCUUGUUUAGUUGUUUCAUAUACGCAAAGGCCGUCGGAUUUUAAAAUGGUAUAAAAUCAAUAUUUAAAACAAACUUACUUUCGUUAACGUCGGCUACCUUCUUUUUGCCGAUUCUUUCGCCCUUUCUUUCUUGAAAUUUACAAAAUCUUGCAAAAAUGGGAGCAAAAAUGAAAUAUAUUUGCAAGAAAUUUAUCAAUCAUCAAAUCAAGAAAUGUUUGCUAUUUCGCUGUCGUCAUGCAGUCGUUAUAAUGCAAACUUUAAAUUGGACCUAUCAAAUUGAACCGCUAUUCACGACAGUCCGCCAUAUUUUUGAGAUCAAAAAGGAUGACCACCCAUCGUUGGUCACCUACGCCCGCGAUAAUUGAUGAACUUUAGACUUCGCUAAUGCUUUCGUUUCCCCGGGUGUAAAUAGCCGGUGGGAAUUAGUACCCUCGCACGGCGCUUCGCGCCGUCGGCUCGGGGAAUAUUGCAUUCAGACAUUUCACUUUCAGUCUUCACUGCCUUGUCUAUCCUUCUUUAGUAUAAACGUACUAGUAGGCUAUCAUGUAUAUUGUGCGUUCUGAUUGGCAACGCUAUUAGUAGGCUAGUAGUGAUAGCCUACUAGCAGCACCAACAAAGCAUUACAAACAUUACACUAUUUUAUUGACUUUAAACGAUUACGAUAUACUGUUUUUGACGAUAUAAAAAUUCUCAGAUAAUUCUACAUAAAGUAUAUGCAAUGCUUUUCAUAGUUAUAGUUCAUACCUUUGUAAAUUGUCUCAAGUUUUGAACUGAUCGGUAUAAACAAGCGUUAUCCAUGUGUCAAAUGUGUCCGUUAAACUCCGCAAAUGCAUAACAAAUUGACAGUAUAUUGUAUAUCAAAAUCUAUAAGCAGCCAAAAUCUGGGAGCCACGUGACCAGCCUGUGUCAGGGUUUUCGCUGCAGCGGGUUUCGUAGCGGAAGUGAAAACCGUAUCAGAUUGGACUUAAAUACGUCUACGACCGAAAUGAGCAGGAUCAAAAGUCCACAAACAUACCACCAUCUGGUCCAUCAAAUCUGAAUUUUUACGGACGUUUGGCGAAAACAUCUGACGAAAGCACUAACUUGCAACAGACGAAUUUGACAUCAAUCGUUGAGCAUUUCUAAUUAAUACCAACAAGUCAUAGUCAUGCAGUAACUACCUAAGUAUGUUUUUAUUAAAUUUCUCCCUUUUCCUUCGGUAAUUUUUUUUUUAAAUUUGCACAUUUCUUAAUAUCGGCUCAUCAAGUGCAAUAUGCUUUUAUCUUAAAUUUUUUUAGGACAUUUCUUAAGAUUGAUUUUUUUCGAUUUUUUUUUUCAAUUUUCGAAAAAACCUAUCGAUAGAAUUUGUAAAAUUGAGGAAAAAAUCUUUAAACAAGUAAAAAUUAAAAAAAUACCGAGGGGAAUAUUUUGAAAAUGACCAGAAAAAGACAAAUUUUGAGCUUUAUUCUAAGCAUGGUGUUGCCAUGGUAAGAGACUUUCGACAGAGAAGUUGCAAAUUGCAAUGUUCAGGUGAACAUUGUCAAUGUAUCCAAUAAAUUUCGCCUUCGUGUAAUGCUUAGCCUAUCGAAGAGAAGAUUGCUGUGAAACUCAUUAGAACAAUGUAUAUAUUUAUUUUCUCUGUUUGUCAACGUAUAAUCAUCAAUCUGGCAAAAAUACAAUACGCACCAACAAUAGCAAUUUCCAAUUUCCCUAUUGUUCGAGUCACGGAUUGGACUUGAAUUCAUAUUGUAUAAUUUAUUUCUAGAAAUCAACGAUUGCGCUGAACCGGGCGCAUGUCCAGAGAACGCAAUUUGCACUGACCUGUUAGGAAGAUGUCAAUACACAUGUAAGGACGGCUUUGAAGGAGUGACAUGUUCUGGUAAGCAAUAUGUAGUAUUUCAAAAUUGAGUUAGUGUGUGACAGAUUACUUAAUCAAAGCUAGCUUAUCGAUGUCCACUUGAAUUGAAUAUAAAGCUAAAAUAUAUAUACAGGUGAAAAUCUUUUAAAUUUAGUUAAAAGUUUAAAAGUUCUGGGUUGUUCCAGUCUUUGUUUCGUCUACAGAAUAUAUAAUAAGACGUGCGAAUACAAGUGGCAAUUAUUUUCUUUUUUACAUAUUUAAUACAUUGUUCGUCGUACUUCAGAUCAUGGAGCAUAUCAAAUAAUAAUAAUAAUGGAAACUUUAUUUAUUGAUUAUUAAGAUAUAUACAACUACAAUGAUAAACCUCGCUUUACAGGUAGUUUAUCAAUGUCUACUUGAAUUGAUACCAUAUAUUUAUUGUACAAUAAUUAUUUUAAUUAAGAAGGAUUAUAUUAACAUUAAUUUUGGGUUAUCCCACACCUUGUUUCGUUUACAAAAUACAUAAUAUGAUGUUCGUAUGCAUAUGUUCACGAUUUGCUUUUUUAUGUAUUUACUAUACUUGGCAUCACAUUUAAGGCUACUUAGCAUGCUAUCGAAAUUUUCAGAAGAUCGGCCAAAAACUCCGAGGGUACUCAAGGAUAAAUUGACGAACUUGACUUUAUCAUAAUCUGCUUCCUGCUCAUUGAUUAGAUCACGGUACUUUUGACGCUUACGAUUGGCGUUAACUAGCAGAUUGGAUUCAUAACCGACUGUAAGCUCGAGGAUGUAUAGACAUCUGUUUUCAGUCACCAGCAGAAGGUCAGGUCGUAAACGAUCUCCCGUGAUCACAGAUGGAUUCAUAAAACCAGGAAUGUCCGCGUAAAUUGUGGAAUUUUUGAUAGCAGUAAGAGUGCAUGCGAGGAAAUUUAAAACAGAAUCGUGUCGCCAUAUAAACCGGCCUUCGUCUAAAUAUGUCUUACACCCAGCAAUCACAUGUAGCAGCGUUUCAGGUGAGGAGCAGAAAGAGCAAUCGGAUGUUGAUGAUAGUCCCCAUUUUGAUAGGUUCUAUAAUAAUAAUAAUAAUAAUAAUAAUAAUUUUAUUUGCACACAUACGAUUACAUUGGGAAAAAAUACAAGAAAUUUUUACUGUGAAUGAAAUAAUGUGCAAAAUCACCUAUAAUAACCAUAAAGGGCUAAUCUGGAUAGGUGAUCUGCUAAACCACAACGUAUUUAACUUAAGUGCACGCAUAAUGAGUAAGAUACAGGAAAAAGUAUUCUCAAAUUCGCCAUAAAAUUAUCAUUUUAAUAUGAAGCAAUCAAAAAUAAUUUAAGUCGCUUUUUGAACACAUGUUUAUCCAGCAAUUUCAUGGACUCCUCAAUAGAAUUCCAUAACUGUGAACCACAGUAUCUAAUAUUAAAAAUACCAUAGUUAGUUCGAAUAUUAAUUAGGUAAAGCAUAUGAUAGUUCAGAUGAUAGUCUGGUAUUAUAAUUAUGAACAUUCACCCCUUUUUUUGAAAAGAUCAGAAAAAAUAAACGGAAUAAGAGUACCAUAAUGGAACUGAUACAUAAAUAAAACUGUCAAAUAAUGAACUAUAUCAGGGAAUUUUAGUAGCGAAGUUAAAAGAGGAGAAGUGUGAGUUGUAGGAGGUGAAAAAGUUAUAAUACGAAUUGCUUUUUUUUUUUAUAAAGUCAACGGUAAAACGUUAGAUUUGUAAGCAUCAUACCCCAUACAAUUGCACCAUAUAUUAAGAAUGGAUAAAUGAUAGAGUAAUAAAUCUGAAUAAAUAAGUCAAUAUGAACAAAACUAAUAAUAUUCCAAUACAGCGAGAUAUCUUUUUGCAAAGUUCAUUAAUAUAUGCUCCUUCCAACUAAGAUUAGAAUCAAUAAUUACUCUCAAAUAUUUUAAACUACUUUUUUGAGUGAGAACUUCAUUAUCGAUAGAAAGACAAACAUUAUAAUUAAUUUUCUUUUGAAAAGGGUUGAAAAUAACAAAGUGCGAUUUAUCAACAUUUAACAAUAAUUUGUUGGCACAUAACCAUUUAUGAAUAUUAAUUAAUUGUUGAUUCUAAUGCAAUUCAAGAGACCAUAAUUUAUUGUCAGAGUAGGAAAGAUUUGAGUCGUAUCGGCAAAAAGAUGAAAAUCUAAUAAAUUAGAUGAGCUAUUAAAAUCAUUGAUACAUAUUAAAAAAAAGUAAAGGACCCGAUACUGAGCUUUAUGGUACACCACAUACAACUUCAUUAAGAUUAGAUUUUACAUUACCAACAGAAACAAACUGUUUUCUAGUUUUCAAAUACAAAUUAAACCAUUUAAUGGCUAUACCUCUGAUUUCAUAAUGGGGCAAUUUAUAUAACAAAAUAGAAUGGUCAACCGUAUCAAAUGCUUUACAGAAAUCAAGAAAUAUUCCACAAGAGACAUGUUUUUCUCCAAUUGCUUUUUGAAUUUUUUCAACAAUAGGAAUUGAAGCAUGUGAGUGAUUUUCCCGAAAACCAAACUGUGCAGGAAAUAUAACAUUAUUUUUGUUAAGAAAAUCUAUCACCCCUAAUAUAUAUAUCAAUUUUUCUAGCAGCUUACUAAAUGCAGGAAGUAAAGAGAUUGGUCGAUAAUUGCAUAAAUGGCGAUUGGCUGUCAAAUGUCUCUGGCGAAUGCGUGUCAAAUGUCUUCUUAGCACUGGCGAAAUUCGCCGUUCGCCGGUCUAAAACAAUGAUGGGUGGUUACAAUAGCAUUUGCCCUUUGCCAUGCAAUUUUGGCAGACGAAAACUAUUUUGAUUUAGUGGAUUUUUUAGCCAGGCACAAUAUACCUUUAAGAGACCGGUCAUAAAGUAACUGCCAGGGUGGGCUGGAGUAAUUUGGGAUGGGCUGUGGAAAAUCUUUGGGCAGUUUCUAUGGGCCGCCAAUUAUUUUGUAUGUCCACAGUUGGGCCACCAAGCAAAAACCCAUAUCCACUUUCAUCGCUUAUUAUGAUAAAUAUAAUAGCAAAUAAGAUUUUACAAAUAAGAUUUUACAUAAUACAAAUCUAACGGGCAGCAGGGGCAACUGCCCCCCCCCCUCGAGAAAAUUUAAAUAAUUUUGUAAUGUGAUUAUGCUUGUAACGGAUAAUUAUGCAGUCAGGAAAUAAAAAUUUCAUACAAACAACAUUCGAAGUGUCUAUACAGCCGGCUAUUUAGUAGUCUGUCACUUGUCAAUCCAUACUCAUCAAAUUGUCAAAACUUUACUGUAAUCCAGUAUGAAUCAAAAGUUCUGUUACUUGUUGUUUACACUUGGCAAUGUUAACUGUUGAGUGACAUACACAAACUAAUCGAGGAACAUGGAUUACUGCAGCAAAGAGUAAAUCAUUUAUCGAAAACCACUGAAUAGUAGGCUACAGAAUGUUCUGAAGGUCAUGAGUGAAGUGUAUAAUUCAAUUCCAAUCCUGUGCACAGUUAAUGAUGUUAUAUGUAAACAACGAGUUUGAGUGUUUCAUCAGGGGAUCCAAACACGAGAAAACUGUAUGAAACACGAGCGCGAAGCACGAGUGUUUUAUUGUUUUCGAGUGUUUGGUCCCCUGAUGAAACACGAGAAACGAAUUGUUUACAUAACAUCUCGAACGAAAACAUUAUUAAACUGGAUAAACACGGGAAUAGAAGUUAUGGUGUGUUCUGCACACGCGUAUAUCUAGGAUAAAAUCCCACAAGCUCAAACGAAACUAUUUCUCUAUAAACUUGAGCUGAAAGGACUCACAGUGACCGUUUUGGCAGUGCUUCAGUCGCCCGAUGAUAUUGUAUGAGGGGCCUUUAGCACUGUCAACUUCUCAUCUUGAGAUGUUCACGUUAUCGCGUGUACUUGUCAGGAUGACGAAGGAUUGCGAAUAAUGUCUGUGUGCACUGAUACACGCUGCUUUAUUUUGAAUAAUGCUGUGUGCACGCUGCAUUAUUUUUAAUAAUGCUGUGUGCACGCUGCAUUAUUUUUAAUAAUGCUGGGUGCUAUUUUAGCUUCUCGACAUUCGCUGAUAUAAUGCAGAGAGAAAACAAUAGGUUAUUAUGACCGUCAGUAAUUAUUAUAGUACAUUGUUGUGUUUUGACUUGAGUUUGUAAUUAGGAUCUCAGUUAUUAGAUGAAAACCUUUUUCAUCUAACAACAGUGAUGGUAUAUGAUUUUUAGCGUGUUUCCUUGCGGUAUCCAACCUCAAUCAUGUGACGAAUUAGGGUGAGUUCAUUCGCUAAUUUGCUCAUGAAUUAUUAAUGAGUUCGAGAUAUAUAUAUAUAUAUAUAUAUAUAUAUAUAUACCACACCGUUCGGCUUAACUCAGCAUAUCCAGGCAAAAACAACUUGUGUUGUGGGAGAAUAUCUGUUUGAGUGGAAGGUAUCACAAGUUUAGUUUUGUACAUUGUGUGCCAUUGAUCUGAUCCAUCCAUAUAAUAUAUAAUUAUUUUUGCUGUUAAAUUAAUUUCCAUACUAGAAAAUACAUGCAUUACAGAAACCCUCGCCUUGCUGACAAAAAAAUUGUAUUUUCCGAACAACUAAAGGAGUUGUCGUGGUAACACGAUAAUUUUAUAAGAAUAUUCUUACAAAUGAAAAAUCGCCUAAAAAUAUCACUUUUAAUUACAAAAUUAUCAAUUUCCCAACAUAUAUAUGUUAGGUAUGUUAUUAUACGUAAUAUAAGCUUCAAUUUAAGGUAAAAGUCAACCACAAACGCUUCGCAAAACGUUUUAAAGUGUUCUUUAUCAAACUAAACUGCCUUUAAUUAAAUGGCUUUAUCGAUAAACUUUGAGUUUGCAAUAAAAUGAUUUCAAAUUCUCGCUUGCAAAUGACUUUGCUUUCUUUUUUAUUUAAAAAAUUCAAUAUAAUGAAAAAGGGAAUCAAUAUUAUUAAAGAUACACUGAAAUUAUAUGCUGUCUUGUAAUAGUUGUUUCUUAUACGCAAAUGCCGACGGGUUUUAAAGUCAUUAUAAAAUCAAUAUUUAAAACAAACUUACCUUCGUUAACGUCGGCUCGCUUCUUUUAGCCGAUUCCUUCGCCCUUUUCUUUCUGAGAAACCUUUUGAAAUUUACAAAAUCUUACCAAAAUGCGAGCACAAAAUGAAAUAUAUUUGCAAGAAAUUUAUCAAUCAUCAAAUCAAGAAAUGAAGAAAUGUUUGCUAUUUCGCUGUCGUCAUGCAGUCGUUAUAAUGCAAACUUUAAAUUGGGCCAAGCAGUGUCCGCUAUUCAUGACAGUCCGCCAUAUUUUUGAAUCAGUGAGGGUGACCACCCAUCGUUGGUGACCUACAUUUGAUGACAACUUAGUUGGACUGUUGUUUUGAACAGCAAUAUACAGGACCAGGAGAACAUUAGUUUCUUGUGAUAUUGUUAAUUGGCAAUAUAAUGCCUGCAGGCAGAGCUUUGACUGCUUAAAAUAUUACACAAUGAUUGUUUUUAAACUGUAUAAAUGUAUAUAAUAAAAUAUGUCGUAUUUGACUACUUACCAGAUGAGGAUAAGUUUCCAUUUUAAUAAAUAACUUCGGAAUAAUGUCACAAAUAGAAUGGUGAAAACAAGACAGCCAUUUCAAGAUAAAAUCAAGAUAUUUUUGAAGCCAAAAUAUGGCAAAGAAUAACACGACUUACACGAGCCCAAACUACGUCCGUUCGCAGGUUAGGUGCGAGCACGAUGUAAACAAUUGAUGUAAGCUAAUCGCUGAUUGGCUUAAUUAUAUAAGCUCGUCGUUCAAUGGCUAUGCAUGGGUAACGUUACUAGUUAUCUGCUUCGCAAAUACAAAAAUAAAGAUAUACACCGGCACUGUAUUGAUAUAUGUUCAUAGCUGCAAGUUUUUUUCAUUAUAAAAGUGUAUUUUCCCAAUUUAGAUUGGGUGGGUGGGUCAUGAAACAAAUUUGGUAAGAUUGGAAGGGCUUUGAAAUUUUUAUCUACAUCCUAAGUUGGGUAGCCACACUUAUUGGCAAAAUUUGUGAUUUACCUCCAGCCCACCCUAGCAGUUACUUUAUGACCUGUCCCAUAUUAGCAGUUACUUUAUGACCUGUCCCAAACAAUAUAAUGGAAUAUGGAGGCAGUCACAACGAAAUGUUCUCUAUUUCAGUUAGUAAAAAUUGAAUGAGUAGGAGCAAUUGCGAUAAAUAUUACGAAAUUUACGUAUGACUCAUGGCCAUGGCGAUUUUCUAACUAUUUAUAUAUACGAGAUGGUCUGUAAAAUAUUUAAAUAGUAUACCCAUUUGCUCAGUAAAUGUCAUGUUUUAGUAUCUUAGAACCUAAGAUGAUAAUUUUGUUUCAGACAUGAAUGAGUGCCAGACAACAGCCAGGGUUUGCGCCGCAAAUUUGGAAUGUCGAAAUCUUUAUGGAAAUUACUCUUGUUUCUGUCCUUUUGGUCAGUGGCUUAUCAAUGGUAAUUGUGAAGGUAUGCACUAUAUGGUUACAAUAGUGCGGUGUGUUUCAAAAAUAAAGUUUUGUUUGGUUGAACUAUAGACCAAUAUGUUUUGUUCUCGUGGUUUAAUAUUAGACCAGGUGUUUGUAGAAAGGUUUCCAGUUGAUCAUGCCUGAUAGUUUUUACUUUUUUCAAUUAAAGAAUUAGGUUUUGAUCCAUUUAUUCGCUGACAAAGUUAGCCAUAGUAAAUACAAAUAUCAAUAUUGAAGUAACCAGAAACCGUUAGCUACUUUUCUUUUAUUUUCUACGACUCUCUUCUGACUAAUCAUUCACAACGAAACCUUUUAGUAUACAAGUCUAAAUGUGGAAAACAACACGUUAGAUAAAUAUUAACGGUUGUUCUCAACUGCAUGUAUUUGGGAGCCGUAUUGCUUCGUGUAACACAGCUAUUAUACCGUUUGUCCCUAAAAAACCAUACCCUAUAUAUAUAUAUAUAUAUAUAUAUAUAUAUAUAUAUAUAUAUAUAUAUAUAUAUAUAUAUAUAUAUAUAUAUAUAUAUAUAUAUAUAUAUACCGGUUUGGUAUACACUCGUCUGAAAACAACUCAUAAACCGCUACAUAACGUAACACGAGUGGAAUCGUCAACGUGGGAAACCACAACAUUCACAUACAACAUUCCCAGACUAAUAGCUGGCUUUACGCAUUGUAGGACUAACCUCCGAAAUGCGAAUAACAUCAUAACUUAACACGUCGUUCUCAGCUUGACCUUGUAGCUCAGAAGGUAGAGCAUCGUUCUAGAAAUGCGAAGGUCGCGGGUUCGAAUCCCAGCCGCGGUCAAGUAGAAUUUUCUGCUUGCCCGGUUUGGUAUACACUCGUCUGAAAACAACGCAAAAACCGCUACAUAUAUAUAUAUAUAUAUAUAUAUAUAUAUAUAUAUAUAUAUAUAUAUAUAUAUAUAUAUAUAUAUAUAUAUAUAUAUAUAUAUAUACGUUUCGGAGCAAGCCCUAUCUUCAGAAACGAUCAAAUUACCUUACAAGGCCUUGUCCAGAGCUUUUAUAGUCCUCUAUACAUAACAUUUACAUAAAUCAAGCUAGUAAUUACUUUCCUCCCUCAUGUUUAAUCCCAAUGGACAAUAACAAUUGAUUUUCUCUAUCCAAUAACUUUCCCUUUCCGUAGGGUUGAUAACUUCAGUUCUAUCAAUAAUUUGAACCCUAAAGUCACUUAAACCCGAAUGCCCCUCCCCGAAAAAAUGCUCAUACAAGUGCUGACCACUAAUAUUUCUUAUACCUUGCCCAUACCUAUUUAGAGAGCUUUUGUGAUUGUUAAAUCUCAAUCUAAACGACGUAAUAGUACAGCCCACAUAUUGCAUCUCACACCCUUUACAAGUAACUAAAUAAACAACCCUCUCCGAAUUGCAGUCGAAGCGAUGAUUAAUGUGGAAUUUUCUACACUCAACAUGACUCUUAAAAGAUGAGCCAACCAAAAUAUUAUCACAUUAUCACCACAUUACUACCUCAGGAGAUGCGCCAAUGUGUCUUAGCUUGUUAAGCAAUGUUGGGUGAUGUACGCUAUCAAACGCCUUCGAUAAAUCUAAUAUUAUAAGUGCAGUUACAGAUUUCUGGUCCAUAGCUUCCAAUAUGGUAUCAUCAACCAAAACGUUCAAAGUUUCCGAGGAAUGAUAUCUCCUGUUACCGCUUUGAUGCGAUGGCAGACAUUCAUUAUGGAACAAAAAUGUUGUAAAUUGGCAUAAAACGACCUUCUCGAAAAUUUUUGACACAACUAUAAGUAAGGGAAGGGGACGAUUGUUGGAUGGCAGUUCAUGAUCACCCUCCUUUAUUAGUGGAAUAACUUCUGCCUCCUUCCAAGAUCAUUGUGGGAACUCAGAAGACGUCAGUGUAACGGGAAAAUGUCUAGUGUAACGUUGCAUAGGUUCAUUGUCAUACGGUCCCGACAAACAGCAACGUACAGUAGUGUUCCAGCCGAAAAUAAUUAUUUUUGAUUCGGGCCAGUAAUUAUAAUAGAUAAUUACUUCGGCCAACUGGCAUUAUUGGAUAUAUUGCAGCCAGCUUCGGCCUUCGGCCUCAGGUAGCUGCAAUAUAUCCAAUAAUGCCGUCGACCUCAAUAAUUAUCUAAUAAAUAGUUAAAUACAGGAACAAUUUAGAGAAUUUACUGACGCAAUUAUUUAAUUGUAUUUAUUCAUUAUUUGGGUUAUUUGGUGGACGAGUGAAUGAUAUACAUAGCUAGCUUUGUUGAUUGCACAUAGCAGAACGACAGACACUUCAGAUAUUUUUAAAAUAUAUCAAAGUACCGAAAAUAUAAUUAGGUGCAUAUAACUGAUCCAUCAUUAGUAAUAGUUGUACCACAGUCAAAGAAUGCAAUGAGUGAACAGUUGGCAAAUUGUUGUCUACCAGUUACAGUAUUAAAGAACCAUCCAUAAAAUGCUAUAGCAGUAUCAAACAAGUCAAAGUUGGCCGCGGUAUUCCCAUGAUAUGCAUGCGAAGUAUUGUACAUUAUAUACUCGAGAAUAGUUAUCCAUAUAAACAUGUAUGUCAAAAUUAUCACAUCUUCUGGUUUUAAAUCAACAAUUUUGACGGAUUUCGUGCAAGGACAGCUUCCUGUUCCGUUUCGCUUUGGUGCUUGCCGGAAGUACACUUAUUUACCGGAAGUUGUCGUCUCCUCCGCAGGCUCUUCGACUACGCGCGCGGCUCGACACAAAAUGGAAAAAAAAUAGGAGCCGAAUUUAUGACCCCGGUGUCUAGGCUACCAACCCGAGGUAAAUAGAGCGAUUUAUUAAUAUUUAAAAUGUUUUUGUUGCUACUCUGAGUUUCAUGCCGUAAAGGCAAUCAUGAUGCAGGCAACGGAUUUUAGCUUCUGAAUGUCAGUUCGUUGGUGUUUGCUGACGUUACUCCUGGCUUGCUGACGCAUGUAGAUACUUUCACAUUUUGCGCGUGCGGUCGGAAUUUCUCGCUAAAAAUCUCUUCUGGUGUUAGCACUUUGUGAAAAUUUCGAAUCGUGAAUUUAGUACGAGUUUCCUGUUUGCUUUUAAAAUACAUAGUUUCUCUUCAGUGUAGCCUGUGCACUAAAGCAAUGUAGCCUGUGCACUGAAGAGAAACUAUGUAUUUUAAAAGCAAACAGGAAACUCGUACUAAACUCACGAUCCGAAAUUUUCACAACGUGCCAACACCAGAAGAGAUUUUUCGCGGGAAAUUACGACCACGAGUAUACGAUUACGGUCGCACGCGCAAAAUGUGAAAUUAUGUACAUGCGUCGGCAAGCCAGGAGUAACGUCAGCAAACACCAACGAACAGACAUUCAAAAACUAAAAAUCCUUUGUCUGAUGAUUGCCUUUACGUCAUGAAACUCAAAGUAGCAACAAAAACAAUAUAUAUAUAUAUAUAUAUAUAUAUAUAUAUAUAUAUAUAUAUAUAUAUAUAUAUAUAUAUAUAUAUAUAUAUAUAUAUAUAUAUAUAGCUUUUAUAGGUUCUACGUUACAUGAAAUCAAACAGGGUAUGGUUUUUUUGGGACACCCGGUAUAAUAGCAGUAUUACACGAAGCAAUAUGGCUCCCAAAGACAUGCAGUUGAGAACAACCGUUAAUAUUUAUCUAACGUGUUGUUUUCCACAUUUAGACUUGUAUACUAAAAGGUUUCGUUGUGAAUGCUUAGUUAGUAGAGAGUCGUAGAAAAUAAAAAAAAGUAGCUAACGGUUUCUGGUUUCUUCAAUAUUGAUAUUUGAAGAUUUUUACCAUUUCUGAAAAGGUAACAAAUUAGCUAAAACAGCAUAUUAAAUUCCAAUUUAGUUUUUUUGUAAAGAAUCAUUUAUGAUCAAAAGGAUUAACUAAUAUGAGUUUACUCAUCAAGAAAAGCAUGUCCUUGAGCCUGAAUGCACCGCUGUGCUCUAGAAAUCAUGCCAUCAAAAGCGUUUUGGAUCAUUUGUUCAUCCAUAUAGAUUCGCAAGCAGAAACGAUUGCCUCACGCAUUUGUCUAAGAUUCCUUGGCUGCUGAUCAAGCUGCACGUUCCAAAUUGUUUGCUUUUGAUAGCCAUCUUACCGGCCUUAAGGCCCGGUCACACUACACAACGAUAACGAUACGAUAAAUUGUAAACACGCGAUAAUUGUCAAAAAAAUGGUGUCAGUGUCCACGCAACAACGAAAAUGAUAAAAUUAUCGUUGAACGAUAACGAUAACGAUUUUAAAAUCGCUCACCUGAGCGAUUUUUUUUCAGUCGGACGAUAACGAUAAAUUUUUGGCCAAUCAGCGCGCGUAUGCAAGUUAUCGUAUCGUUAUCGUUGUGUAGUGUGACCUGGGCUUAAGCCUUAUUACUUCACGAACAUUACUUGUUCUAGCAUAUUCGAUACAAAAUAGGAACUCUUUGGUCUUUUGUUAACUGAGCAUCUUUAGGAAUGAAAAUCUAAUCGGCAACGUUUGUUUCAAUACGAAUUAAUUUGAAUUCCAAGGGCCGUCAUAUGGAACUUUCUUUUGAGGUGAAUUAUUACUUUGUUUUAUUCCUGGAUCAAUCUUGAAGUGCAAUUUUAUUUUUAAAAGUAAACUUGCAAUAACGUAAAAUUAAUGAUAAAAUUACUAAAAUUAAUUAAAAAGAUUGCAUGUAACGUGACAACUGCUUUGAUUCAAUUUAGUAUGAUGUGGCGAUAUAUUUUUGUCGUUUUAUCGCCAAUUGCUAAAAAUCGAGGCAACUUUAAACACUUGUAUUUCCGUCAAUAUCGCACGGAAAAUUAAAUGUUAUAUAUUAGAGUGUAUUUUUAUUCGUUGAAAUCCAAUGAAAAUUGGGGAGGGUGGAAAAUUGCCGGCAUGGUGUUGCGUAUCUUGCACGCAUCCACUCAGAGAAUUUACUAAACUUUGUUCUAUAUAUAUAGCACUAUGUGACUAUCUCUCUAAAUAUAAAGCUCUAUUUAACUAUGUCUCCCGCUUAAUUAAAUUGUCAAGUUAUAUAAAAGCAACAUUUAACGCUCCUGAAGCGUUAGUUAUCCAAGCGCUUCCACAGGAAGUGCCGCACGUACAGGAAAUACAGACACCAAAAAUUCAAAACUUGAAUUCCUUGUAUUGGAGUAUGCCCUCCACCAAUAAUGUCCAACACGACCAUUCGUGUCAUGCAAUAUUUUGGAACAUCGACCAAUCAUGAAAUACUGUCAUCCGGAGAAAUUAUUUCUUAAAUCUGAACGGAAAAAAUAUAAUUGUAUCACCCCGAUGGCCAACCAAAUUCCACUCGUCUGAGAUUUCGUUGCAACCUACCAAAUUAUUUUUCAACCAGACCUUAAACUUGCAAUAAACUAUUUUUUCCUUAGAUGCGUAUGUUUACGAACUGGACUUUGUUGUACUUGAAGGCCUGGAUUAUAACGACGAUCUUACUGAUGACAGUACAAAAUACUUCUCCGACUCAGCAGUGGGCAUCGAGAACGCGGU